AGAUCGAAAUCAUGGUGGUGGUGUUGGUGUGCACGUAUUGCGGAAUCCGGUCCGACUCCAAACUGACGUUACACAGAUUUCCCACAGACAUCGCAAGGUAACGUGAACAUAAGCGUGCGCAUAGUGUGUGCCAGGUUGAUCUAUCUAUAGAUUAUAAUUUAUUUAGUAAUUCAAUCUUUAAAUGUAUAUAUUUCAGCCAGAUUGCAAGGAACAUCUUGAUGUAUUCCUUAAAAAUUGUUUUUUUAGUUUCAGCUUUUAAAUUUCUUAUACAUACUCUACUUAUAUAUAACUCAGUGGCGUGACUAUAGUGUUAUUUAGUAGCGGAUUUUCAACAUUUUUCCGGGAGGAGUCCUAAAAAACCAUAUAUAUUUAUUUUAUACGAUAUUUUAUUAAAAUUGUAUCGGUUCUGGGGGUUUCAGAUCCCCUGAAUCCCCACCUCGUAAAUCCGCCAACAUCAUGGCCCAAAGUAUUUUUGGAUAUUUGAGGUUGAGUGGGUCUCAACUUCCUGGUGAAUGCAAAAAUUAAUUGUGAUAUUUAAUUAUUUGUUUUACCACGUCACUGUCCUAACUCUAUUUCUCCUACAGACUCCUCUAUAACGUUGAUAUUCCUUAAAAUAUUUAGAUUCAUUAUCUAUAUUCGGUGGUAUUGCAAAUGUGUUACCUGAAUACCCGUUGUAUUUUUAAGUUUAUAACGUAGGUACACUAUUUGUGCAGGUGUAACGAGUGGGCCAGGCUGAUCAAUCGUCUCGACCUGAUCGGUAAGCCGGAGUACAUGUGUCACGAGUUACAACGGCUUUGCAGUGAUCACUUCGGACCGGAAGAUUUCGACGAGUCGGGCUCACUCAAGGACGACGCCGUGCCAUCCAUAGUUGACUGUUACGAAGGACACGUCGAUGAAAUCCAAGAUGAUAAAAAACCGAGAACGGUGAAUGACGAGGAGAAGGAGCCGGACGCGGUUAAGGACGGAGAGGCCGUGAAGGACGUGAAGGACGACGGGGUGGACGUGAAGGACGACGGGGAGGAAACGACUAACGAGGCCUCCUUGGCGAAGGGCGAGGCGGUCGCCGGCCACAAACGUCUCAGUGCGAUUUUACGUGACGAACAAGAUGCAACGACCGAGGAAACCAGUUACUAUCACUUGGUACGGUUAAUGGAGAUACGCGCGAGACCGAACGGACAUGCCGUCAGAGAGCCGCGCGACCCGCGAAGUGGCUGA